AUGUCGGAAACGGGUUAUCGCGCUGGACGGAAAAUCCAAAAGACAAAGGAGGCAGCUGGUCUCACUCUGGUCAUUUCACCGAGUGCUCCAUGUCCCGUUGAACCCAGCGAUGCUCAACUUGCGAUCGUUGCUCCUAUUGGGCCUAGGUUUUCCUUGGUUUCGGGAAUACCUGCUUCGAGCAACCCAAAUGUGAAACGAUCUGCCGGGUCCUCUCGCGCAUCGUCGUCGAAACUAACUGCCCCGACCGCUUUGGUCAUUGGUCGGAACAAGAGAAAGAUUUCAGAGACUGGGGUUAAAACCCGGAGUGGAGCGAAGAAGCUACGGUAUUAUUGGGACUUCGAGUUCAACUCCAACUACUUAAUCACGGAGGAUGCCGCAUCUACGGCUCAUUUAUUCAGACACUUUAGGAAGCCGGGGUGUAGGCUUCCACCGUUUAACAGGCUAGCUCAAGAAGAUAACGAGAAUUAUCACUGCUUUGCGUCAUGCGCUGGGCAGCUUAUCGCCGCCUACAAUCGGACUAUUGACUCAUACGAACGUCGCCUCCAGAGUGUUCCUCCUCCAGUUGAUCCUUCAGAGACAAACGCCGCUACCACUGCCCUUAACGCUGAGCUUGAGAAUUUGCGUGCUGCAGCAACAGAGAGUGCUGAAGCCGUAAAGCUUUUUGAGGAGCGUCUCACUAAGGUUAGGGCCUUAGAGUUUAAGUUGCGAGAAGAUGAGAUUUCUCGAGACGAUUAUAAGGGGAAACUUUCUGUUGCUAGCAAUGUUUUGAUCGAACUAACCAAUGACAAAGAGUCGUUGAAGUCUGAACUUGGCGAAAUCGAAGCCAAGUACAAAUUGCUUGUUGAUAGCCGUGAGUUUGACGUGACGAACUCUGCUCGCGACGCAAGAACAAAAUUGCCUCGACAUGCAAAGAUAUACUUAGCCAAGUGA